AUGCCAGAAGCUGCCGGCACAACGCGGGUCGACUAUAAUGCCAGGAUGCUUCAAAAUGCUGCUGUUAUCUCCAUAUUCUCCAGCAAAGAGCACUCUCAUUUUAUUCUUCAAUGUUCACAACCGCGUAGCAUUUCAAAUUUUCCAUUUUCCAUUCUCACCAUGGCAGCGGAAGCAGAAGCCCAAAGAGCCACGCUCGACAAGUUUAUUGACGGAUGGCGAAGGUCUUCAGCCGCAGACAUGGUGGCGACUUGGUCUGCGGACUCGCGCAACAGUACUGAGGUUAUGGCGACUCUGCCUAUGCUGCAAAAGGUUGUGACAGAAUACAAGCACAAGGCUGCCGUGUAUGCACUCUCUACCGGCAAGACUCCCUUUGGAGAUUGGACAAACGACUAUGCAGUCUUCUUUACGUUCAAUGAAAGCGGGACGGAAAUUGUAAAGCUGGAGGAGAUGGUGGACUCGGCCUUUAUGAAGGAAUUCUUUCCCAAGUUCCAGGGCUUCAUGCGUGAACAAGCAUCCAAGGCACAGCCGGUUUAA